UUCCCAAAGAACUUUAAAAAUUUUGCAAGAUUUUCUUUGGAUUCUUUUAAGGGACAAGAGAAACAUACGUUUAGAAACGUUUCCACUGGUUUCCCGUGGUUUCGUAUUUUGCUUAGAAUUCGCGUCGCGAAAUGGAGGGUUUGUUUUGAAUACAUUAGAAGCGAAGAAAUAUACCCGGUUAUUUCUGGAUCUCGCAUAGCACGUAAGUAGAUACACGUAUGGUUUUGUUAACCUGAUUCUACGGGUGUUCAUCCCGGUUCAGUUGAAUCGUUUCACAAGCAAAAUUCUAUAAAUAUUCCCAAAUUCAUUUACUGAAAAUUCUAAAAGGGAUACUUUUAUUUUACCUGAAAAUACUUGGGGUGAUAUCCUAUCAAUCGAUAUCAGAAGAGCAGGAAAAAUACUAUCAGAAGUUUUCCACCAGAUUGCGCAUUGUUCCUCGAACAAUAAAUAAUCCGUGAUUCACGCCCCUAUAAACAUAACUGUUCGAAGUUCGUUUCGCGACUGUUCGCUGGACGUUCGCGUAACCUAAACCAUAAAACCUGCACCAUGUAGCCUCGUUCAUAAAUUUUUCACCAUAAAUUCCCAUAAGAAGCACUUCACCUUCCUGUACCCAAGCAUCGAUCAACAUGUUGCACCGCCGUUCCUGAGACCCGUUCAAACGAAACAUGGAAAAUUUCCCACCAAAUUUUGUGGCUGGUUUCCUUCGGUUGCAUAAUCAGUACCGAGCUGCGCACGAAGCCCCCCCGCUGCAAAUCGACGGGAAGUUGAACGACUACGCGCAAGAAUGGGCCGAUGUCCUGGCAAAAAAUUGUGCUUUGGAGUACAGACCGAAAGGGAACUACGGUGAAAAUGUAUUCAGAAGCACCUGGAAGAAGACCGAGAGAGAGAUCAAACCGUCGGAUCCUCUGGAAUCUUGGUAUCGAGAGGGGAGAUUCUUCAAUUACGGAGAGAAACAACCGCAAAGUUUAGAAGACGUUCGCCAUUUUACUCAGCUGCUAUGGAAGGAGGCGAGGACGAUCGGUCUGGGAAUCGCAAACGACAUAGAGGGUUUAAUUUACUUCGUUUGCAAUUACAACCCCCCGGGCAAUGUCGCUGAUCAAUUCGCGAAGAAUGUAUUACCAUUGAAACUGGAAGAUCAGGAGUUGUUGCCACACGAGGCGGAAGGCAUUCGGACUACCGAGAUCCGGCCGGAGGUGGUGAGGUCCAUGGAGCGUCUGUACGCUGUGCCAUCGGAAAAGCUGCGAGUUUGGUCGGUUUGGCUGACGAAAAUCGUUGAAAUUGCCGACCAAUGGCAAAAGUGGUUACGUGCUCACAUCGAUUUCACUAUAAGGCUCUCAGACCGCUUGUACGCGGCCGAGAUGGCCGUAAGGCGGUCGAAAAUGGAAAUAGUGGAGUUGAGGAAAAUCUCUAGCAAGGUGGGACACGCAGAUGAGGAGGAAAUGAAGUAUCUCUACGAGACUGGCGACUCCAUUCAAGGAGAGGGUGGUUCCAUAUACGAGGAGGCAAUCGAUAUGCAAGAAGAAGAGCAGAGAUCCUCGAAACGUACAUUGGACAGAACAUCAACGAGACCGGAGGUAGCGUUAACAACAGCAGCAUCCAGCGUCACGUUGACACCAUCGACGGCUACCAUAAAAGAAGUAUCAAGCACGUCACUGCAACCAUCGCAGAUCACUAUAGUACGAGUACAAUCGGCUGCAUCGAGACAAGCCUCGAGGACUUCUGUAAAAUCAGCACCUUCGGCUACGUCGAGACAAGCAUCGAAGACUACUGUGAAAUUAUCGCAGUCGGCUACGUCGGGAAAAGCAUCGAAGACUUCUGUGAAAUCAGCACGGUCGAGUACGUCGAAACAGGGCUCGAGGAUUAGUAUAAAAUCAGCACUGUCGGCUUUUUCGAGACAAGCCUCGAAGGCUACUUUAAAAUCAGCAAAGUCGAUGGCUAGCGUAAAAUCAGGAACUAAAAUCAACGAGGAGCUUAGGACCUGGCCGAUCGGAACCCCAUGGGAACAUUUGGGUCUGGAGGAUGCGUACGAGGAGGAGGAAUACGAAAAACUGCCGCUACCGAGUAACGAGCAGGAGAUGAGGGAGUUCCUGAAGAAGUUUACGCACCAGGCGACCAUCUACAGGUCGUAUUACAAGCACUGGAAGGAGACAGCGGAUCGGGCGACAAAGGAAAUUGGAGGUAGACUCGUACUUGCCACCUUCCAAGUGCAAGGGAAGGACCAGACAGGGCGAACAAAGAGGCCGGUUCGUCCGAAGCCAUGCGGCAGUGUAUCCAAAAGGAAACUCGUCAAAUCGAAAGACCAGCAAGUUAACACGUCGGAUCUGAGCCAGAAAGCCAGCAUUGCCUCGUUGAAAUCAGGAAAGCGUUCUACUGUGACUAUUAAAGAGAAAUCACAAGAGCGACUGAACAAAGAAAGCCAGAAAUCCAUAGAGGUGCCCGAUUGGGUCAGGGAGUGUGCACGCGCGUUGGAACCCAUACCUUAUCUCUUUUACGUGAGAACGGAACCGGACAUCGACAUAGCUAUAGAGCACGAUGACGAAGAAGUAAUUCUGGUGGACCUGGAUCGCGAGGGGGUGAUUGCACAGAGCAGACGUGUCUUCUUCAAUCUCACGGAUAAACCGUGCAAAGGAGGGAAGCCAUGGAUAUAAAGAGCAAUAGAACUUGAUCAAUAUUUCAGGACACCAAUUACAGUACAAUAAUAACAAUGCCAAGUAAAUA